CAUGGGGCGGAGGAGGAAGACGCUGCACGACUACGCGGCCGAGUUCUCGGAGCUGUCGGUGCGGCGGGAGCCGGCGGGGCCGAGCGCGCCGGGCCCGGCCGUUGCCGUGGAGACGCUGUUCUGCACCCCGUGCCAGCUGCCCCUGAGGGUGCGCCGCGACCGCAUCCUGGAGCACCUCAGCUCGGGCCGCCACUGCCGCAACCGCCGCCUGCUCCGGCAGCUCGGGCUGCGCGCCCCGGGGCUCCGCUCUGCAGGUCCUGACUCCAGCCUGAGCCUGAGCCUGCCCCUGCCACUCGACGUGCCCUCCUUGCUCUCCCAUCCCUCCUUCCUCAUCACCACUGGAUCCAGCACCGGCUACAGCAUGGUCCCAUCCCCGCCCUCCUACCACAAACUGCUGAUUCCCCACCACCCCAUUCCCACCACACACAGGGACGACCCAACGCCCUCCACCUCUCGCAGCCACCCCUCACUGCUGGCCACCUUCCACACGAGGAUUGAACCUCUUGGCCAAAGUGGGCCCACACCUGAUGCCUCCAACAGCCCAAUGCCCCCCUCAUGUCACGGUAGCAGUGGCAUCGGCCUCGUGCUCUUCGGUGCGGGGCUUGUGAGCAAAGCCUUGUUGCAAAGCCUGGUGGAGGAGACGGGCUGCUGCCUGCUGUACGUGGUGGAGGAUCGGCCAGAGGAGGUGGAACGUGCCUUCGGCACCAAGGUCCCAGCCAGCACCAGGGUGCUGCGGCAGCAGGACGCCGCCAUCGCGCUCGGUGAUCCGCGAGUCUCUGGAGCCAUUAUUUGUUCCCCACCUGAUGAAGCCUCUGAGAUGGUAAGAGAUGCCUUACGAGCAGGUAAAGGUGUGUUCUGCGAGGGGCUGCCCAGCUUGGACAGACAGACAGCAGAAGCCUGUUUUGAUGAGGCCAGCAGGUGUGGGAGGCCACUUGUAUGUGGAUUCUACAAGCGCUUUGACCCAGCCCUGCAGUUCUUGUACAAGAAGGUGCGGGACAGCCAGGCGCUGGGCAGGAUCCACCGGAUAUCCACCAUCAGCAGCCUCUAUCCAGCAGCCUCUCUGAGCCUGCUGAAAGCCUCAGGUGGCAUUUUUUACAACGCUGCUGUGCAUGACAUAGAUAUUAUCAGUUUGUUGUUGGGAGAGAGUGUGCCAGAUACAGUAUUUUCCCUGGGCCAUGCCUUCUGUGCAGACACGAGCUGCCUGAGGGAUGUGGACACGGUUGCCAUCAGCAUGAAGUUCCCCAGCGGGGCCAUUGUCACUCUGGAUGUCAGCCAGCACUGCACCAGGAGCUGUGACCAGCGGCUGGAGGUGGGGUCCUGCUGCUCAGUCAAGUCUGUUUUGGCUCCACAGCCCAGCACAAGUUUUCCCCUCUGAGUGUGCCUGCAGCACAUUUCCCAAAACCUCUCUAUAACAGAAUCAUAGAAUCACUGAGGUUGGAAAAGAUCUCCAGGAUCAUCAAAUCCAACCUGUGACAAAUCCCCACCUUGUCACCCAGAGCAGAGCUCUGAGUGCCCCAUCUAUUUGUUGGGCUGUUGCCUCAGCAGCGGCUUCUUCUCCUUAUUCCAUCUACAACCUAUUUUCUCUUUUCUCACUCAAAUUUUCCCUCUCUUCCAUGCAUUCUGUGGUGUUAUGAGCUGCAUGAAUCAUACCAGAGCAGGAUCUGGUGCCAGCUCUCCUGAGGCUGAAAGCAGAUUUCUUUUGUCCUUUCCAGAGUAGUUUCAGGUUCAUGGGUCUCAAGGGACAUUAAGGGUGGACAACCAGAACCCCCUGGGCAUCACAGAGCAUGGGACUUCUGUGUCCAUCUGUCCCCAGACCCAAGCUGAGCGCUACAGAGAUGCAUACAGGG